GCGCCUCCUCUUUCACUUUCAGUUCGGACGAUCAUUUCCAUAAAGUGACCAAACAGAAUAUACCGACAGAUAAGCCUGUGUUCGUGGUGUCUUCAUAUUCCAGCUUAGUCUAUAUAGAUUGUCAAUGAAGAAUCACAGGCUAUGGAAUAUUUAGCAGACAGACGUUUGUAAGCGUGUUUCGUUUGGGAUAUUAAUUUCGAAAGUUUCAAAUGAGACACAGAUGCAUUUGUUCUUAAACUAUAGGCUAUAGGCUACGCAUACGCGUAUGAUUAUGAAUGGAACAUUUACAUCGCCUCUGUAGUGGGGGAGCAUGACAUUCAGGAGUUAUUUUGGACCUUGUCUGUUGGGGUCUGAUUGUGACUGUUGACUUUGAGAAAAGGCUGAGUUCCACUAUGAGCACUCAGUUGAUCCUAAAACAGCGAGCAGAGCUUCUGGCAGUCCUAUGUGGUGGAGGCAGUGCUGAACCUCUGGACUGUGUUCUGGACUUACUUCUGGCUUGGGAGGUUCUUGUCUGGGAGGAUUACCUAAACAUACGAGUGGCGGAGAAACCCUUAUGUUCUAAUGUCAGGCAACUUUUAGAUGUGGUGUAUGAUAAAGGAGAAGAUGCAUGCAGCUUUUUUUUGGCUGCAAUUAACCAGAUUUUACCAGAGGAGCAGAAGGCUGUCCUGUGUUUUGGGAACGGGUGUGCUGUGGUGGGCAAGAACAGACCAGACACUGCAACUUUAACGUUAUUGGCUGACAGGCCAGUCUUAGUGACAAAGCUCAGAGAUAAUAUUGACGGAGCUUUGAAUGUUUUACUGACAACUGGGUGCUUCACCAUCAAAGAUUGUGAUGGGGUGCAACUACCUGUAUACACACCGUCACAACAGGUUCGGAGGCUGUUAGACCAAGUAAACUUUAAAGGGGAAACUGCUGCAAAGACCUUACUACAGUAUCUAGAACAAACAGAGCCAACCAGACCAAACCCUGAAGAUAAAGAAAGUCACCUUUCUGCUGAUUGUCUGCUGUACCAGACGAAGCUGCGAAGCUCUGUUGCUGCACAGUCACUCUUUCUUAGCACCUACGGUGGGACAGGACGUUUCUCCUUGGAUGAUAUUUACACUGAUGGACUUCUUGAAGUGAUGGAUGGUUCUGGUGAAACUACUACAUUAGGGCUGGAGGAUGUGGUAGGUCCCAUAGGGAGUCUAAAUGAAGAUGCUGACACCAUUCUUCUGUCUGGGGAAGCAGGAAGUGGCAAAAGCACACUGCUUCAGCGACUGCACUUGCUCUGGGCUAGAGAAGCUUUGCUCACAAACACUUUCCUGCUGUUCCCCUUCAGUUGCCGCAAACUGAAUGCAGAGCACAGAGAGUUAUCUCUGAAAGAGCUCCUCUUCCUGCACUGCUGCUGGCCUGAUCGAAGUCAGGAUGAGGUUUUCCAGUACAUCCUAGACCACCCUCAUAUGGUCCUCUUUACUUUUGAUGGGCUUGAUGAAUUUAAACAGGGUUUCACAGAUGAAGAACGUCACUGCUGCCCCACAAAUCAAGUGCCUAUACAUGUAUUGCUUUUCAAUCUGUUGCAGGGUACGCUAAUGAAGGGCAUUUUGAAGGUGGUCACCAGCAGGCCACAGGCUGUGGGCCCAUCGCUGAAGCGCUAUCUCCGCAAAGAAGUGCACCUGAAGGGUUUUUCUCCUAGAGGUAUCAACUGCUUUGUGAAGAAACAUCAUAGCGACCCUGCUAUAGCUAGACGUGUCAUAGAGUCCCUCCAGAGUAACACGGUGUUGCUAGGUCUUUGCCACAUCCCAGUCUUCUGCUGGAUUGUGACCAAGUGCCACCGGGAGCUUCUGGGUGGUCAAGAUGGUAUUCCUCAGACCAUCACUGAUGUCUACCUCCUGGUCUUACAGCAUUUCUUCCAGCGAAAGUCAUCUCAGCCCCAAGGAGUCCUGGGAAAGGCCUGGUUGGAGGAACAUUUGGACACAGUGUUAAAACUUGGACAGUUGGCAUUGGAAGGCCUGGAAGCCUCUUGUUAUGUGUUCUCAGGAUAUGAGCUGCAAAGAAAUGGGCUCACAGAACAGGAUGUCAGCAUGGGUUUCCUCAUUUACUGCAAUGACCUAUCUGUGACAGAUUGCAAACACUAUGAGUUUCUGCACAUCACCUUACAAUGCUUCUUCGCUGCUCUGUAUGUUGUUCUGAAUCGUAACAACAAUCGCUCUGCUAUCUCCAGACUCUUUCAGCCUCAGUACAGGCAGUUGUCUGGCCUGUCUCAAAGGUGUCUUGGACACUGUAUUGAUCCUUCAGUUGAGGAGGUGAAGACCCAUGUGGCAGAGACACCAAACCUCCAGAUUACAGCUCAGUUUGUGUCAGGACUUUUUUCUCAGCGGCACCAUAAUCUCCUCCUGGACUGCUGUCCUACUGCUGUGCGUGAACGCAAGUUCAAGCAGGUAGUGAAGUCAUUGUCUAAAGGGAUGCAGAGACAUUUCAAGUCAAUACCUCGUCCUGUAGAAGGGGAAAAGAAGAGCAUGCAUGCCAUGCCAAGUUUUGUUUGGCUAAUCAAGUGCAUAUAUGAAAUGCAAGACAACAGUAUUGCUCAAGAUGCCGUGGCUAAGUUGGACGUUGAACACCUGAAGCUCACCUAUUGUAACAUUGGACCGAUGGAAUGUACAGCGCUGACGUACGUGCUGAAGUACCUGCGGAAUCCUGUUGGGCUUCAGUUGGACAACAAUUCAGUAGGAGAUGUGGGCGUGGAGCAGCUUCUACCGUGUCUACAUAUUUGUCACUCCCUUUAUUUAAGGAACAAUAACAUAUCAGAUGAAGGAAUCCGGAAACUUCUGGAAAAGGGAAUGAAGUGCGAAAGCUUCCAAAAAAUAGCGCUUUUCAACAACAAGCUCACAGAUGCUUGCACCCAACACUUUGCUUGGCUGCUAAAAGCAAAGCAGAACUUCCUGGCUUUGAGGCUUGGAAAUAAUAACAUCACAUGCGUUGGAGCAGAGCAGCUUGCAGAAGGCCUAAGCUACAACCAGUCUUUGCAGUAUCUGGGAUUAUGGGGUAAUAAAAUUGGGGACAGGGGAGCUGAGGCAUUGGCAACUGCGCUGAAGAAUAACACAUCGCUAAUAUGGUUAAGUCUGGUGGAUAAUGGUGUGGGCAGUGCAGGUGCAUGUGCUCUGGCUAAACUCGUCAGUCAGAGCAAAACUCUGGGGGAACUGUGGCUGAGCAAAAACUGCAUCAGCAGGGACGGAGUUGAGUGUCUGAUAGAGGCACUGAAAAUUAACUAUAGUGUUAAGGAAGUCUGGCUGAGACAAAAUAAUCUGAGCCCAGAGGAAGAAGAGGAGCUGAGCAAGCAAGAAAGCAGAUUGACCUUCUGAGGGCAAGAAGGCUCUGUAAUGCCUGCCACCAAACUCCCAAAUCCAAUGCUCAUCAUUUUCUUGAAAAAAAAAAACAA